AUCAUUUGCUAAAAGGAAAACACAAAAGUAAUGAUGCCAAGAGGCGUAUGGUAUAUUAUUGUAUACAAGGGGAAAAAAUCGACUCUUUGGAAAAAGUUGAAAUUUUCAAGAUACAUCUACAUAAAGCUGACAUAUAAGAUAUAAACUACUUUAAAAUUGUUUUUUAUAACUGAUCUAAACAACCGAAAAUGGAGACGAAAAAGAAUAUAACUAUAGAAGAACUUGAACAACUUCAAAGAUCAAAUUAUUUGCCGUUAACUGUUAUCCUUGUUCUAAUAAUGCUCAUUGGCAUCGUUGGUAAUAUUCUUGUUCUUAUAAUUUAUAAAAGGAAAUUUACAAGAUCAAGUGCAAGAUGUUACAUUCUUAGUCUAGCUUUUGCAGAUCUAAGUGUCAGCGUGGUUGGAAUACCAUACCAUGUUUUGGACUUGACAUUUAUUUUAACAUACACUCACACAAACGUGUGUAGAAUAUUGAGUUUCUUUAUUGGAGCAUGUACUCUUAGUUCGGUAUUUAUUCUUCUUGUCGUUGGGCUGGAUAGAUAUUUUAAGGUUUGCAGACCUUUGAAGAGACAAAUAAAAGAUUUUGGCGACAGAAAAGCAUGUUUACUGGCUAGUUUUGUUGCCCUAGUGAUAUCCGUUCCUCAUGGUAUUAUAUACGGACAAAGUACCGUACAGACGCAAGUGGACAAUCUGACCGGAGUGGAAUGUUUUAUUUCUGACGGAUAUCAAGGCUCGGAGUUAGCUGUUGGCUAUCUAGGGUUUAACAUGUUAGUUUUUGUGAUGUCGGUAAUAUUUCUCGUCAUUAUUUAUGGAUUUAUUUGCCGAAAGAUUUACCACCAUGAUCGAAUGUCGGGGGAGAUAACCUUAGAAAAGACAAAAACAUUUUGUUUUUGUUGCGCUGUACCGAGUCAAGAAGAUGAGUCGACAGGUAAAAAUGGUACAAGUGGUAUGGACAAAGGCAAAGCUGAUGACAUUGACGAGACGGAUACAGAUCCCCAAUGUGUUGUAAAGGAAUCGGAGAUAGAAAAUGCAGAGGGGGAACUUUUGAAGUCAAAACUUAAUGAUAUAAGAGGCAAUCAAAAUUCCAAAGGAGCUGCACGAAAUAGUUGUGCAAUGGUACGUCACGUAAGACCGGGAUCUAAAGCGGUAGAAAAGAAUACUAUGAAGAUCACUUUAAUGAUGUUGACUAUUACAGUAGUAUUCAUUAUUUCUUAUCUUCCGUUUAUUAUAAUUUCAAUUUUAGAUUCAACAGAUGAAGACUUCUGGGCAGAUCGCGGUAUUAUAGAAUCUGUAUUUCUUGAUUUCAUGUUAAGAUUAUAUCUUGUUAAUAACGUAGCCAAUCCAGUCAUAUACAGCUUUUGGGACCAUAGAUUUCGUAAGGAAACAAAGUUGCUACUCAAGAAACUAACUUGUUGUUUUAAACAGAAAGGCGGGGAUAAUGCAGACAAUGGAAACGGUAAUAGUGCACUAGCGACAUCAGUAGGAUUUUCGAAGUGUACUGAAGCAGUUACCUUGAAGUAGUGAAUUUUGCGUAUACUGAACCUUUCGUUUAUGUAUCUUUAAUAUGUCCAUGUACAUAUUGGUUUGUUUAUGAUGAAAUUAUUAAGUAUAUAAAUAUUGUAGGACGUUUGCUUGGAGGAAGCAAACGUUUUAAAAGACUUUUAAUGAAAAUCAAGUCUAUAAAUUAAAAGAUUUUUAUCACCCUUACCUUUGUUUGAAACCUUGUCUUUGUAUAUGGGAACUUUUUAGACUUGGUAAUAUAAAAUACAAAGAAGCCAAUGUUAACUUUUUUUAGCUAUUUAGUUACUAAGAUAACUUUGUACAAUUUAGUUACUAAGAUAACUUUGUUUGUACAUUGUCCAUUUCAGCCAUUUUAUUCAAUGCUUGCUUAUUUAUUUUAAAUGAAAGAUGAUUUGUAAUAUGUUAAUAAAGCUUUUACGUUGUAGAUAAAUGUUGUACAAUAUCAUCACUUCUUUUCAGCGUCAAGGUGAAGAUUGCUUCGGAAGUUCAUUGAAUAAUUAUUGUUUAUUCCAAAGGUUAUAUAGUGCGGACAUGAAGUAAAAUAAUAUGUAUAUCAUUUCCUAACAUGCUUGAUUCAUGUUUUGGUAACAACAAAUAAAAUUGAUUGAUUUUG